AUGCCGGUGAUGCACAAGCGUGCUACCUGUGAAUUUUAUAGCUUCAUCAUUGACAAAAUAAAAUCAAAGCUUCAUGGGUGGUCGGUUAGAACCCUAUCUUUUACGAUACGGAUCACUCUUGCUAACUCAGUGCUCAUGGUUAUCCCUACUUAUUUCAUGCAAACUUGUCGCUUCCCCUCUCAUGUCUGUCAAGACAUUGAAAAGCUUGUUCGAAAAUUUAUAUGGAGCUCUAGUAAUCAAACUCGAGGCGAUGAAACUACAACAAGAUUUUGGCACGACAAUUGGUUGCCGAAACUUGGGUGUCUUUCAGAAUGGAAACAAGAGCAUAUUACUGUUGAAGAUAAUAUGAUGGUCCGUGAUGCUGCCCUGCCGAAUGGCAACUGGAACUGGAAUAUGCUUCGACAGUUUCUCCAACCCUCCAUGAUACAACAUCUGUUGAAUGUUCAACCGCCUAAUCUGAAUGCUGGUACUGAUCGUUGUUGCUGGUCACUGGGCAAACAUUCUAAUGAAAAUACACUGCAUGUUCUACGUGACUGCAAACACUCCGCAACUCUUUGGCAACUGAUUAUCCGGCAGCAAAUCCUACCGAACUUCUUCAACACUAACGUCUCUGAUUGGAUCACAAUGAACCUAGACUCAAAUAGUCUUUUUGCUGGCACAAACAUCCCAUGGAAAAUCCUUUUAUCUUCUAUAGCAUGGCAGAUCUGGAAGCGAAGGAAUUCUUACAUAUUUUCAGACUUGUUCAUCCAUAAUGACCAGCUCAUCUCCCUAAGCAAAAAUUGGUCCCUGUAUAUCAUUGCAGAAAAGUCCAUUUCCCCAACUGGUUCUGGUGCUGCUCGUCCAGAACUUAUACAAUGGAAGCCCAUGCCUACAUAUUGGUACACUCUUAACACAGAUGGAGCGGUAUAUAAAAUCGCCUCCCAAGGAUCGGUGGGUGGCCUCAUUCGAAAUAUGAAUGGUGAUUGGAUCAUUGGUUUUAAUAAAUCGGUUGGAAUCUCAACUCCAUUCCAAGCCGAACUUUGGGGGUUUUUUGAAGUACUUAAAUUGGCACUAUCCCACAAUAUUGAACAUCUCCAAUGCCAAACAAACAACGUUGAAGCUCUUAAUCUCGUGUCUUCGGCAAUGGCUAAAUGCAGCCCAAUUUCUAUUGUUCGCUCUAUUGCAAAACUCAUAUUAAAACAAUGGACGAUCGAAUUCAUUCUUAUUCGCCGUGAAGUUAAUGCUGCAUCAGACUUCCUUGCGAAAUCUACCGUUAUUUCAAAUGAACAAGCUCAGACCUAUACUGAACCGCCCCAUGAGAUUAAAUCACUUCUUCACCGUGACCUCUAUGGUCAUGCUUUCCUUCGCACUUAG